AUGAGAUCAUCUGACAGACUGACAGUGAUGUGACGGGGACUUGACUGAUGGAGCUACUUUGCUGACUGGAAGAGGAUUCUUUUGUUGUUUUUUUUAAAGACAGAAGUGGUCAGGAUGGCACUGGACUCUGAGUUCGGGGUGAAGGGCAGCAGCAUCAUCAGAGAGUGGAGCGGUCAGGUCCAGCCGGCUCUGGUGGCCUCUUUUGUUUUCCUCUUCUGCCUGGAAGCCUGUCUGUGGGUCCGAAACCUGAGGCAGAAGAGACGGCUGCCGGGACCCUUCGCCUGGCCCCUGGUGGGCAACGCCAUGCAGCUGGGCCAGAUGCCUCACAUCACCUUCGCCAAAUUAGCCAAAAAGUACGGUAAUGUCUACCAGAUCCGCCUGGGCUGCAGCGACAUCGUGGUGCUGAACGGAGACCGGGCCAUCCGUCAGGCUCUGGUGCAGCACAGCAGAGAGUUUGCAGGCAGACCCAACUUUGUCUCCUUCCAGAUGAUUUCUGGAGGCAGAAGCUUGACAUUUGCGAGUUACAGCAAACAAUGGAAAGCUCACAGGAAGCUGGCCCAGUCCACGCUCCGAGCCUUCUCCUCCGCCGACAGUCUGACUAAACAAGUCUUUGAGCAGCACGUCCUGGCCGAGGCCGCCGAGCUGGCGCAGGUUUUUCUCCGCAACAGCGCGGACGGACGCUACUUUGACCCCUCCCAUGAAUUUACAGUGGCCGCCGCCAACGUGAUGUGCGCCCUCUGCUUCGGGACACGAUACGGCCACGAGGAUCUGGAGUUCCGAACUCUGCUGAAGCGAGUGGAGCGCUUCGGCGAGACGGUCGGGGCCGGCAGCUUGGUGGACGUCAUGCCCUGGCUGCAGAACUUCCCCAACCCCGUGCGAAGCGUCUAUGAGAAUUUCAAAAACCUCAACGAGGAGUUCUUCGCUUUUGUGCGGCACAAGGUGACGCAGCACCGCGAGUCCUUUGACCCCGACGUGACCCGGGACAUGAGCGACGCCAUCAUCACCGAGAUUGAGCACCGGAAGGACAGCGAACUCUCCAAGGAGUUUGUGGAGGCCACGGUCACCGAUUUAAUCGGAGCAGGUCAGGACACCAUUUCCACCAUCAUGCAGUGGAUCUUCCUGCUGCUGGUCAAACACCCAGACAUGCAGGUGAAACUCCACCUCCUGAUCGACGAGGUGGUGGGUCGGGAGCGUCUGCCGUCGGUCAAGGACCGAGCCAACCUGGCGUACCUGGACGCCUUCAUCUACGAGACCAUGCGCUUCACCAGCUUCGUCCCCGUCACCAUCCCUCACUCCACCACCUCGGACGUCACCAUCGAGGGUCUCCACAUCCCCAAGGACACCGUGGUCUUCAUCAACCAGUGGUCGGUCAACCACGACCCUUUGAAAUGGAAGGACCCGCAUGUCUUCGACCCCACGCGCUUCCUGGACGAAAAUGGCGCUCUGGACAAAGACGUCACCAACAACGUCAUGAUCUUCUCCACCGGGAAACGCCGCUGCAUCGGCAACCAGAUCGCCAAAGUGGAAGUGUUUCUAUUCACGGCGACGCUGCUGCACCAGUGCAGCUUCCACAGCGACCCCUCGGAGCCCCUGAGUCUCGACUGCUCCUACGGCCUCACGCUCAAACCCCUCAGGUUCGGCGUCAGCGCCAAGCUCAGAGGGAAACUACUAGAUUCCCCAACAGGAAAAUCCUGAACUGCUUUGACUCAAGGCCAGAAAACACUUCAAAAAAAUGACCAGUGAGUACUGCAAAGGCUCUUCUUGUUGUCGGACUGUUCCCACUUAAGCUCGAGUGCGGGUCCAAAUCCUGAUGAAUUACUUCCCAAUGGUUGCAGCAGUGGAGUUUAAAUUCACUUAGUCCCAGCUCUCCUGGGUCAACAGAAGCUGGAGGCAGAACCGUAACGUAAGCUUGAGAUCCGGGCCCUUAUGAAUCAGCAUUUUAACUCCUAACCUUCUGUGUAUUAAGACUCAAAACGAGUGCCAGCAAUUGUGCGGCCGCUAGCUUGACUUGUGUGACCCUAACACUGAGGGCUUGGGUGGUCUGAGCUGCACAAGAGCCUGGGGACUGUUGGGAUGAGUGCAAAAUUGCUAAACAAUUCAUAAAAUACUUGAUCCGAUCGUGUCCACUAUUGUGUGUUUGUGUGUUCAUCCGCUAACACGGACUGUUUGUGACGUCCGUAAUAUUUAAUCUGUCACUUUUGUAUGGUAAUAAAAAGCUAUAUUUCAGGUAUAAACAUAAUGAAUCUUCUACUAUCUACUGUAUCCAAAGCAUAUGAAUAACAACGCUGAGAAGAGGAACUGUUUCAUUAUCCAUGUGGAUGGACUUUACACAAGUGGUCCCUUUUACUGUUCGAGCACUGCACCCCCCGCCCCCCGUGUCCCCCCGUGGCAAACACAAGCCUCAACAAUACACACAGUGCAGAUGUGCAGUUGCUCACGAGGCAUUAUUAGAAGCAUAUUUGUUUACAAGUAGCAUCUUCAAAGCUACACAGAUGCCACUGCGCUCUCUCCGCUCAUGUUUGUCUCACUGUGCCAAGAAACUACUCGCUCUUGAAUGAAUGUUUGGGCAUUCUUUCGCUGUCAAGACACGGUGUGUUGGCUCUCUGUGACGGGAAAAUAAGCUAUAAAUAUAUAUAGA